AACAGCCAAUUUCUAUAUAACAUACGCAGUCAGUCAGGUUCAGUUUCAGACGCUCAUUAGUUUUUAAUCACAGAACACUUAAUACCAAUUCCUAGCAAAAGUAAUAUUGUCAUCGUUUGAACUAUGAUGUCAAUAAUUUAAUUCUGAAAAUUACGUUUCUGAAUGUGAAUAAAACGACAAAACAAGUGUACAGCAGCCGUGGCUACUUUGCUGCGACUCACUCUGAGGAUUCUCUCUCCCGUGACGGACUGUCGGUGCCAAGAUGUCCUCCCAUGGCUGGCUGUUGGCCUGCGUCCUGGCAACUCUGGCAGGAAACUCUGUUGCUGCUCUAAUGGAAGGGAGCACAGAGAGGAACUGCUCCUUAACCCCACCGUACUUGCCUGCCACUGUGGUCAACACAACACUGAGACUGCAGGCCCUGAGGGCAGCCAUGAUACCUCGGGAGGUCCUCGCAUACAUCAUCCCCGCCGCCGAUGCUCACUUGAGUGAGUACACGGCACCGCGGGACGCCAGGAUAGCCUUCAUGACUGGCUUCACCGGCUCCGCAGGCACGGUGGUCGUCACGGCGACGAAGGCGGUGCUGUGGACGGACAGCCGAUACUGGGUGCAGGCGGAGAGACAGAUGGACUGCAACUGGAAGCUAGAGAGAGACUCUUUCAUCGGCAGCAUCACAGACUGGCUGCUCAACGAGUUCCCCGAGGGCGGGAGGAUCGGCUUCGACCCGUUCGUCUUCUCCCUCAGAACACAGGAGUACCUCAACGCCGACUUGGCCCCGGGGAACCUGCUGCUCACCUCCGUCCCCGACAACCUGGUGGACGGGCUCUGGACCGACAGACCCCCCGUCCCCCCCUACAACCUCACCCGUCUCCCGGACCACAUCAUAGGAAGAACUUGGCAGAUGAAGGUGGACGCCAUUCGAAUGGAGAUGAUGGCCAAUCCAUACAAGCCCACUGCUCUCUUGCUUUCUGCCCUGGACGAGACCGCCUGGCUGUUCAACCUGCGUGGGAACGACAUCCCACACAACCCCUUCUUCUACUCCUACACCCUGCUGACCAUGGAGGAGAUCUGGCUCUUUGUGCACACCGAGCGCGUGCCAGAGGACCUGCAGGCCUACCUGAACUCCUCGUGUGUGCAGAGCAUGUGUGUCCAGCUCAGGGAGUACGAUGCGGUGCGCCUGGACCUGGCGGCCUACGUGCUCUCACCCGGAGUAAAGGUCUGGGUGGGCACCGAGUACACCAACUACGCCCUGUACGAGGUCAUCUCCGCACAGGAUAAGCUGGUGACCAGUUCGUAUUCUCCCGUGUUGACCAGUAAGGCUGUGAAAGACGAAAUGGAGCAACGCAUCUUGAGAAAUGCUCACGUGAGGGAUGCCGUGGCAGUCAUCCAGCUGCUAAUGUGGCUGGAGACAGCCGUCCCCCGGGGCAAAGAGACCGAGCUCAGUGCCGCCCACUACGUCAAUGAGUGUCGCAGCAAGCAGAAAGACAGUCGAGGCCCCAGCUUCGAGACCAUCUCCGCCAGUGGCCCCAACGCGGCCCUCGCUCACUACAGCCCAACAAACGAGACCGAUAGAAAGCUCACCGUCGACGAAAUGUAUCUGAUUGACUCCGGGGGCCAGUAUCUCGACGGCACAACAGACAUUACCAGGACUGUCCAUUGGGGGACUCCCACGGCAAUGCAACGGGAGGCCUUCACUCGGGUUCUCAUGGGAAACAUCGAAAUAUCUCGAACCAUCUUCCCCUCGAGAACAAAGGGCGUAAACAUGGAGAUGCUGGCCCGCCGUGCAUUGUGGGAGGUGGGCCUGAACUACGGCCAUGGCACCGGGCACGGGAUAGGAAACUACUUUGGGGUUCAUGAGUGGCCAGUCGGAUUUGGUUCCAACAACGUACCCUUCACAGAAGGCAUGUUCACCUCUAUAGAACCUGGAUAUUACAAGGACGACGACUUCGGCAUCAGGAUUGAAGACAUUGCCGUGACUGUACCCGCCCGCACAAAGUACAACGACCAGACCUACUUGACCUUUGACACUGUCUCCCUGGUACCGUACGACCGGAAACUGAUUGAUACCACCCUCCUCAGUGAGGAACAGAUACGAUGGCUGAACCGCUACUAUAACACCAUCCGGGUGCACAUGGGCCCCGAGCUGGACCGGCAGGGGCUGCAGAGGGAGAAGGAGUGGAUGCUUCAGAACACGGAGGCCUUCCAGACGGCCGGUUCCUCCAGAGCCCUGUCGUCCUUCACGCUCAGCGUGGCCGCUCUCACCGUGGCUCUACUCCAGCACGUCCUCUGAGGAACACCGUCCCUCUCUCUCUCCCUCUCUCUCUCGACACCGCCAUGACUUCUACGCUUCUGUCCUAUCCCUCAGUCUCCUAACUCAAUCUUUGUGUGUAGUCUAUAUCGGAGACUUCUAAAGAGUUCCACCGAAUUGGGGAAACUCCAGAAAAAAAUGCUUAUUGUCGGUAGUGCAGGUGAUGCAAUUUUAGAGCAAGGUGUGUUUUGUGUUUUUACCAGAGAUGACGCUGUUGCUGAGGGUAGAUUCGGAGAGAUGGAUUCGGAGAGAAGUGAUAAAGAUGUUUUGCUCGAGUAGGUUCCUCUUUCAGUGAGCCGCUUAGAGAGAGGCACUGGUGUUCUUUUACUUCUAGAAUCAAUCUUGUGUGUGUGUGUGUGUGUGUGUGUGUGUGUGUGUGUGUGUGUGUGUGUGUGUGUGUGUGUGUGUGUGUGUGUGUGUGUGUGUGUGUGUGUGUGUGUUUGUGUGUGUCGGUUAUUGAGUACAAUAGUUGUAAAGUAAUUGUUUUUGUUAGUUUUUCUAUGAAUAUGAUCGUUGUGAAAUGUCUUAUAUGUUUAAAUUAUAAAUGUAUACCCUCUCAAAGGGGUCUUUUGGAAAUGGAUAUUCUAUUACUAAUAAAUGAAGGCUCUUUAAA